AUGCUACGGCGGUGUCCGUUGACUCUCUGUAUUGUGCAGUAUGCUGCUCUCUCUACGGCUGCUAGUAAACUCAAUACAAUGUUGGAUAUUAAAACAAAUGGACGACCUGUUUCGAGUGAUGUACUCAAACAGUUUAUACGUGCAGAUGUGAUGCCGCUUUUAAAAGGGAAAGUAUUAGAUAGACGACAUGAUAGUUCAGAAGUACGCCGAUUUAUGGGACAACUUCUUCGCGAUGCGGCUUUUGCGGCUGUGGUACUACACGCCAAAUCUAGUGGUGUAUAUGUGAAUACUCUUGUGGAUUGUAUUAAACAUGAUCAUGAACGUAUACAAUUUGUACAGAAAAUGACUUCUAGUCAAGCCAGUCGUGUAAUAGAUUAUCUUUCUCGUGUUGGUGUACGAGAUGCUGGUGUGUAUGCCCCUCUUGCCGCACGAUUAGAUUUCAAUCAAUUAAAAGAAAUCUCACGAGCUAUGUUUGCAUUAGCAGAAGAAGGAAUGUAUCAAGAAGUUGUUUCUUUCAUUCUUCCAUUAUAUUGUGGAGAAACAUGGGAGCCUGUCUUUGGUGGUGGUGAGGGAUAUACGGGUUUGUAUAAUAAAAACAGUAAUGUCUUUGAUGCGGUGCGUCUCUUGCGAGUUCUUUCUAAAGUUGUACGUGGAGUAGUAGAGCAACAACGACUAAAUCAAAAAGUGGGGAAUAUUCAACCACUUCCAGUAGAAAGUAUUCAACGACUACGUACAAAUUUAACGGUAUUUAUUCUUGAAAAUAAGGAUUUACUUCGUGGUGGUCAUUGGAUUAACUUUACACGUGCUAUGGUAUAUUUUCCUCAGGAAUAUAAAAACAUGAAAUAUUUGGAUCAACACUUAACAAUAGUGAAAUUAGUAGAAACAUUACAAUUGCCUCAUCGUAGUGCCUUACAAGGUUUAUCCGAAACUAUUGAAACAGAUGAUAUGGCUGCAUUAGGAAUGCAUCAAAUAUUUACAAAUGCAGAAAAGAGGGAAAAAGAACGUCAUGCUCAAGUUUCUUCUACAGAAGAGAAAAAGAAAAGUUUUUUAUUUGAUGUUCCAUCUAUUGAUUUAACCAAAUUACUUUCUAUUAUAAAUGAUGUACCUUUUCCAAAGGCUAUUCAACAAAGACGUCUGGAACUUGUUAUUCGGGCUAUUGUAGAAGAAGUGGAUUCUCUUAACUUUACGGAUUGUGUGCGUUUUCUUCAGGCCCUUCGCCAAAUUGAAGGUUCUGCUAUAUUUGCCCCUUCUCUUAAUGCUGUAGUUGCGGCCAUAGAUAAACAAUUAUCUAAUGGAAUGAAGAAACCAAGUCAUUUUAUUCCAUAUAAACGUUUAGUGCAAUUCGCUACUCUUAUUAGUGCAUUUCGUGUAAAGAGUUGUGCGGGAUUUUCUCUUUAUCUCUCACAGUUUCUUCCCACUGUACAUUCCAUCACUGUAGAAGAUGCGACGGCACUUAUGAAUGCGCUUGCCUCUGUUGGUGAGAUGGAUGGGAUUGAACACUGUGCAAAGGUAGGAGAAGAGAUUCUUGAGAAGGUUGGAUGUGAAGAUGAAACUAUAGAGGGAAAUCAGGCACUUCUUCUUUUAUAUCCUGUGGCUUGUGCAAAGUUACUACGAGCUUCUGUGCUUUUAAAUGCGAUACCAUCAAGGAAUGCGAUUACAAAUAUUUUUGGUACAAGUGAUGAAGUAUUAAAAGUGUCACCCGCAUUUCGAGCUGCAGGGGCUUCUGUUAUAUUUGAUGUUGCCCGUUCACUCUAUCACUUUUGUCGAAGUCAAUCUAUGGAUAAUAUUAAUAAUAAUGAUAAUAAUAAUAAUAAUAAUAAUAAUAAUUCAUGGGAAACAUUACUGUGGAAAAAAGGAAUGAUUAAUGCACUGUUACCACUCUUAACACAACUAACAAGUGAACUUGCUGAAGAAAUGGAAUCAACAAAUAAUGGUUUUAAACAAACGAAUACUUAUGUUCCUUUAGCAUGGCGUAGUAGUAUAGAAGCUAUUUUUCACUGGAUAGAUGUGAAUUUAGAUAUUGUUUCCUUGAUUACAAUGUAUCAACGUAUUGAAGAUGUUUAUCCAUUUUGUCGAAAGAUUAUCACUAUGGGAGUGGGAAUUGCAGAAAUGCAACGUCGAAGUAUGGAAGAAAACUCCAUUUCAACAAGAAAAGGAAAAAGAACAGCAGAACCUCCUGUUUUUUCCUCCAAUAGUAUUAUUCACAUCACCUUCUUUCUACUUAUUCUUGAACAAAUAAUUUACCAUGGUACUUGGCAAGCAGAGAUUGCUGGUUCAACAGAAGUAGGGAAAGAAAUAAAGUUAAAGAUGCAGGCUUUAAAAGAAGACUACAACUCAUUACUUUCAACACCUAUCUCUACUCAUACACACAUGAAUAAGGAUGUGUCACCUCUCACAUUCAUGGAAAAAGUAUUUCCAGCAGAGAAUGGAGACUGUACACAUCCUCCACUCUUUAAUCGAAACAGUAUUCUUGAAAUUACAACGAAUCUCCCGUUUGCAAUUUCACUGGUAGUGAGUCAAGGACCAAUUAAUGCGUUAUUUUGUGAGCGGGCCGUAGUCUCAAUGAUUGGUGUUGACAAUUGGGAUAAAAACACAGAAAGUAACAGUGAAAUUGAUAAGGGUGGAUCGCGUUUGGAUUAA